CCCUUCUAUUCCGUUCCGGCUCCCUUUCCUCUCCCACGCCUUCUCUUGUUUCUCUCGGUCUCGGCUUUCCUAGCGGCGACGACAGAGCGAGUGGCGCCGCCCUUGGCAGUUCUACGUUCGGGGUUUCGCCGGCGACGAGCAUACGACAGGGCCAAGGCACCAAGUGUCAUGUCAGAAAGAGGUCGACUGCCAAGGCGUCCCAUUGAUGAUCGCAGGGGGUACAAUGAAGUCCGCCUAGUUGAGCCCAGAGGGUAUCCUGAAGCCCAUGUGGUUGAUGGACGUGUGGGCUAUCUUGACACCCGUCUGGUUGAUGAACGUAGGAGCUACUCUGGUGUUCGUAUGAUUGAUGACCGUAGGGGCUAUUCUGCCAUUCGCAUUGAUGACCGUAGGGCCUAUCCUGACACCCAUGAAGGCCCACGCAUGAGGGCAGCUCCUCACCCUCACCCAGCUUUUCUAGAGGAAGAGCUUGAGUCACAGGAACUUGAACUCCGGAGGCUUUUGGCAGAUAACCGUGCUCUGGCUGAGGAGCGUGCAGAUUUAAACAGGGAAUUACAAGCUGGAAAAGAUGAGCUCCGCCACUUGAAUGUGAUCAUUUCAGACAUUACUGCUGAGAAGGAGUCUUAUAUCAGUAAGCUUGUGGACAAGAAGAGGAAGCUCGAAGCUGAACUUAGAGAAAAUGAGCACUUACGUGAUGAGAUUGUGCAGCUUCGUGGUGAAAUUGAGAAGCUCGUUGCUGCUAGGAAAGAACUCUCUGCAGAGGCUGCAUCUCUCAUGGAAGAUCUGACCAGGGAAAGAUCUGUUAAGCACCAGCUACCUAUGCUGAAAGCAGAGCUUGAUGGUCUACAACAGGAACUUUUUCAUGUGAGGACUGCUUGUGAACUAGAGCGAAAAGGGAAUUUUGAGUUGGUGGAGCAAAGGAAGGGAAUGGAGAAGAAUAUGAUUUCUAUGGCACAAGAGAUUGAACAGAUGCGAGCUGAAUUAGCUAAAAGUGAAGUGAGACCAUGGGGUACAGGUGGAACAUAUGGGAUGCAGAUGGGCAGCCCUGAAGUGGCCUUCACUAAGUCAUAUGAAGAUGGUUAUAAUAUCCAUGCGGGGGUUUCUGAGAAAGGUCCUUUGCAUCCUCCUGAAUCUGGUUCAUGGGGGACAUAUGACAAGAAUCGCCUUCAGUACCGCUAAGAUCACAAUUAUUAUAAUCAUGGGAGGAAGAGUUACCUUCUAAGUGUUAACCUGUCAUGUUACAUGGUUUACAGUACCUGAGCUUUAUACUUGCUUGCUUUACAAUUAAGACUUGUCUUGUUUGAAUGUUUCUAAUAAUUUUAGUUUCUAUAGUAGUUUAUUAAAGAUUUUCCAGUAAUAUCUAUUGCAGAAUUAUUGCUUGUGAUAUGGCUAAAUAGUAAAGUAUUGAUAUCAUGAUGUCAAGAUUUCUAUGGCUAUAUGGAUCUACGACUAAAAACUACUUUAAUAGGGCUUGGACAUAUAUGAUAUGCAUUUCUUAGAGUGGGUCAUACAUGCCCCAUAUGGCUUAGCUAGCUUGAGCUUAGUUAACUGCUGAAAUGGUGUACGGCUGUACGCAAAAAAGAGAGAGCGAGAAGCUAUCUACAGUCCUGUACCCCUCACUCAAUAUUGAUUUUAGACAUAAAAGAGAUUUGGACCACAUUGACCUGGAUGUCUCAUAUGGUCCAAGAUAUCGAUUUAGAUAAACAGAUACCACACCCUUGAAUUUAAGUUGGAUCAGGAGGUUCUGAACUGAGUUUGAGAAGGCGAACAUGAUGUUGAACUUGAGUCUAAACUUUUUGUGGAGAAGUAGGUUGCUUGAAGAUCAGAAAGCACGUAUUGCUGACCACCAACAAUGAAAGAUACACCAGCACCAAUGAGCUUAUUCAGCUCAUGUUUCACAAGGUCGUUAGUAAUUCUGAAAAUUGCACUGGUAUCCUAGGUCAAACAGUUGUUCAAAAGGAUGAAAGGGAGCAAGGGGAUGGGUCCUGAUGCUAUCCUAACUCGAGGUGUGGAGAUGCCUCGCGAAAGCUCUUCAACCAUAUUUUUUGGUCAAAUAUGAUGCCAGAAGAGUGGAGAAGUAUAUUAUCACCAAUCUUCAAGAACAAAGGAGACAUUCAAAGUUCUAAUAAUUACUGAGUCAGUAAACUGCUGAGCAAGAUCAUGAAGCUAUGAGAGAGAGUUAUCUGUUCAAGUAUAAGUGAGUUGCCCACCUCUUCCCAUCAGCUUAAGCUUUUGGGUUAUAUUGGUUGGUGCAUGCAAUUCAAUAUGGUAUCAGGGCCAGAGGUCUCGAGUUCGAAUCCUGGUAGGCGCGAUUAAAUAAAAUAAUUGCAGCCAACUCCUAAUUUCCACGUUUGAGGCUUGAGGGAGCCUGCACGUGAGGAGUGUUGAAGUAUAAGUGAAUUGCCCACCUCUUAUCCAAUAUUAUCAAGCACCAUUUGGAAAAGAAUUUUGCAUGUCACCAUGAACCAAUUCGGUUUCAUGCCUGGAAGGUCGACCAUGGAAGCAAUUUCCUUAAUAAAACAAAUUAUGGAGUAGUAUAUGGAGCAGAAGAAGAAUUUGGCAUAGAAUUAAAGAGGGUUUGGAUUGGCGGCAAGUUUCUUGCAUUCUCAAUGGUAUGUUCUAUAGAACUGCGAUUAGACCUGCAAUGUUGUAUGGUACAGAUUGUUGGUGUACUAGAAGGUGACAUGUUCAACAGCUAAGUGUUGCAGAAAUGCAUAUGCUGUGUUGGAUUUGUGGUCAUAAAGGAAAGAUUUUAGUCUGAAAUGACGAUGUACAUGUAAGCUAGGGUAGCACCAAUUGAAGGAAAGCUUGUAUGACACCGUUGAUAUGGUUAGGACAUGUCCAACAAAGACCUCUAGAGGCCCUGGUAAAAGUGAAGUGUAGAAAUAAUUAGUUAUGCACAAAGAAAGAAGGAUUAAGAUCAUAGGACAAUAUAACUUUCAAAACUGGACUGUAGGGAUGAAACUAGGCUCAAGGUUCUUCCUUUAGGCCACAAGGAGCAUGAUGAAGUCGACAAACGUAGCCAAUCAGAGCCUCAACUUGGAGUUGGUUCCAUAUGCAUUUUGUGUAAAUUAAAAUUAAGAGGACAUUCUUCAUAUCCUUAUUAGAGAUCGUAUACAGUGAGGUGCUUGCUUCCCUGGAUCCGUGGUGCUAUAGUUAAAAUUUUCAAGAGCUGUCAUUUGUCAAAUUCUGAAGGGGCUAUAUCUACUGCUUGCCACACUUAGCCAUGUCUAUACUAUAAUCCAAAAUUUGUCAGGCAAUCUUUGUGUUUGGUGGUACGUAUGGAUUUUGUUUUGUUGUUGCUGUACUCCCGGAGGCAUGAACAAUCUUUUAUACAGCAGGGAGUACGUGAAAAAAUAUGGUGUUUUCAUGUGAUACAGCUGUGGAAAGCAAAAUUCAGAUAUUUUGCAGCUGGGUAGCAACACUGUCCACUGUGAAGCACCUAUAUUCACCCUUUCCCAAUCUAGGACUUCAUGUUGGAAAUGUUUCUUCGAUCAUAAGGAAAAAAGUUGCCACAAGCAAAGGUCUGUCUUAAUUAAGGACGUUCUAGUAUCUUCACUGCAUUUGAAAGAAAGUAGAAGGAUUAGUUGGAAUGAAGCUGGUAGAUCUGCUUUGAUGCUUUUAUGUGAUAAGUGGCACAAGGAAGUUUUACAGUGAAGAAAUCUUUUGGUAAGGUGAGAAGGGAAAAGGUCACUAUAUUUUUAUGACAGCAACAGAUAGAAGUUGAAGUUUGAUGCUUUCUUCUGCCUUAUGCAAGCACAUUGCAUAGUUGAAUACAAGCUGGUUAAGAGACUGGUUAUCUGGUCCUAAAUAAGUCCUAUCUUUGUGUUUGGAAUAAGAGUGCUUUUCCAGCUUGUAGAGAUGAAUCUGGGUUUAAUUAAGCAAUGAAGAUCAUUCCAAAGUCUUCUAGACAGGCUGGUGAUGGCUUUCAAAAUGAUGAGGCAAGUAAUUUCUCUGUCCAAGCAGAAGUUGUACUGCAUUUCUAUCUACGUUUAAAUGGUCAUUUAUAGUUCUCCUUAGUUUAUUAAUUUGCAACUUACUUAAUUUAGGAUAUUUUGAAAGGGUCAUUUCUGUCUACACUUAAAUGGUCAUUUUAUCUAGAUUACUCCCUCCGUGCCAUAAAACAAGUCAUUCUAGCAAUUAUCAGACAGAUUAAGGGAGUAAAAUGAUUAUGCUGCCCCUCGUAUUUGUUUCGGUUCUGAUAAAAGGGACGCCCUUUGGUACCUUGCUAAUGGGGCUACAUGCAGCACAUGCAGGAUAGUUGCUGCCCAGUUCGUUGCCACUAACCAUAAAAAAUCAGCCAUGCACUCACUGAUUAGAGGGCCCACCCGAUUAGUACAGAUGUUACAUUCACGUGCACAUUUGGCUAAAAUAAAAAUGCGUUCCCCACAAGUUGUCUGAGAGUCUAAAUCCUAGAAUGACUCAUUUUAUUGGAUGAAGGGAGUAUAAGGUGCCCUUUGCAACUCUUGAACCCAGAGACUAUUAUCAAUACUCUCUAGUUGCAGCUCGAUGAUUAUAAUUCAUAUACCAUAGGAUGGAGUGUGUCUGGGAUACUUUAAGCUGACAACAAUAUAGCUCUAUGGAUCUUAUCAUGCAGAUCAGAUGAGCAUUAUUGGUCCAGAAAUGGAGUAGGAAACAGUUAGCUUUAUGGUUAACAGCUGUUUCUCGUACCAUUCCAUAAUCUUUUGAGGAGUAUUGUGAUAUUAGGCUAUUAGCUACUUCUCCGGCAUCUAUCAUGGAGAGAGCUAAGGAAAGUUGGAUGUACUACCUUGGGAAGAGAAGUCAUUACAGAACAGAAUCACAUACAAGAAUUCACCAUCUUUGCAAAUAUUAUUCUGCUACAUCUAACUUUCGUAAGCUGUAUUGACUAUAUGGAGGAAUACAAGUACCAUAGUUUCACUUUAUUGAGGUUUUAAACACAUACUGAUAGAAAGUAGCAACAUUAUAACUGGAGGCAUGAAGCAAAGAUUAUCCAUCUGGCAUAUGAUUUGAUUUUGAGAAGGAAACAUCAAAAUGCCUACUCCUUCGCUUUUAAUUUUGCAUUUUUUUCCUCAAACACGCCGGAGAGCUGCGCAUGAAUAUAUUAAGAAGAAAGGGGUAAAACCUGGGUGAUACAGUUAGGGGUCUGUAUCAUGCCCAUACAUAAGGACACCUGUAGCCUAUUACAGACAAAAGUAGCAAGGGUGAGACCUGACCAGCUAAGAAAAAAACCUAACCCACCCGAGGUUCCUGGGCGAGGAGGUGUGACACUCCUCGAGCCCCGGUUAAGGACCACUGGUGUAGCUCCUCCUUAAUCUCCGAAACUACACAAGAUACAUCAGGUGUAACCCCAUCGAAGAUGCAUCUAAUGCGGUGUUUCCAGUGGGCUGGUGGCGACUUGAGUGCACUCUCAGUCAGCCAACCCGGGUUCGAGACUUGCAUCCUCUUAAUAUCUAAGUAGGGGUGUCUGCCCUUCCCGUCAAGUUUUAAUUUUGCAUAUUGCUUUGAUAUUCCAAUGAUCAACCCAUCCUUCAAGCACUUAGCUACAUUUAGGUUAUGCUGUGUCUGACUGUCUGUGUUCAUUCCUUUUUGCUUGUUAUGUUUCUUGAUGUGGUGAAGCACAAGUGUAUGCUAAUCACAUUAUAAUUUCUUUGGUGCAUGUCGUUUUAUACUUUGUUAUGUCCUUUUACCAUUCUGUAACUGUACAUAUGAUUUUUAAUUUUGGGGCCCAAAUGCCUAAUUCUGUUGGUUUUGUCCUUACAGGGUGAAAUCCUUAGUUGAUCUGGUUAUGUACUGUAAUGGUGAUACCCUACAUCAAGAUAUGUACACAGUAACCCAAGAAUCAGAUGGUUUAUCAGUUGGAGAUAUGUGAAAAACCCUCAGGGAACCAUAUGAAGUCACAGAAGCACAGCAUCAAAUGUUGCAAUACUUGACAGAAGAUGAAUGUGACACCAUAGGUGACUUGGUUCAUAAGCAUGCAUUAUUUUGUUGCAGUUCCCUAUGGAGCGUGUGAAAAUGCUUUUCAGUGCAUCAAAGCUGGGGAACUUUGGUUCACUUGGGAAGCCUUUGCCCCAUGUCAUAUCAUGAUUUCCUCUGUAGGAAAAACGAGAACAGGCUGCUGCAAAUGAGAGCUUACAGUUUUGUUCAUUGGUGGGUUAGCUUGUGUCAGGUCUUCAAGUUUCCAAGCUAAACAUAUUCAGGGUGUUCAGCUGCCUGCCCCUUUUGCUCCUGGAGCAAAUCAGUUCAGUAUCUUGACUAGUUAUUUAUUUUCAAUAUGUGGAUGAACUUACCUGUGUAUAGAGCAAUGGAGCUUGACAUCAGUAGAGCCAUGUGAACUUCUGUAAUCGGGAAUAUAAGCAAAGCUAAAGAUUUGAUGCAAGAGCCCGUAUUGGUUGAACAGGGUCCAUAACAUGCGGAGGUGAUUGAAGCCAGAAUGUGGCAUUAGGGGUGCUGGUGCCGGUGUCUGUCAUUUUUUUUUCCCAAAUAACUGUGGUUAUGACUGAGCUCAUGGUUGGCAUGGCAGAACAAAGUUACAUGCCAUAGCCCAUAGGACCUGCUCAUGGAACAUGUUGCCAGCAAGCUAUGUACGGUAUUAUCAUGUUUGCGACUGCUUGCUUUUGCUGUGAUACCUUCACUAAAGCUUUACCUGGUGUGUUCAAGGUGGCUGUUUAUUGGAAAGUUCAGGAAGGGCUUGUACGUGUAAAAGCAGAAUGGAAAGUGCACACGAAGCUGUCUAGCAAAAGGAACGAGGGUUCACAGCCUUGAUACUCUGCAUAAACAUUGUUUCAUCUUAUACCGAUCUGCUCCUGGCAGUGUUCCCUGAUGUGUCUGAGUUUGCAUCAUUGACUUCGAUAGUUAUCUGCCGUGUGUCUGCAAAUUCACAUUCACUGGUCUGAACAGAUCGUUUUCUGAAGCCAACUGCACAGGUGUUCGGUCCAUUCCUGGAAGAAGUAUCGCAGACUGAGAAUGUCAAAAUGGUAAUGACCUUUUGGGGCAUAACCCCAUGAAUCAUCCUCUGUUGGCAUUGGCCAUGCGCGAUGGUUCUAUAUGGACUGUCUGAAAGUAAAAUGCCCUCGAUGCGCUAAGGUCAGUCAGGGAAUAGUCACUGCCAUGGGUUUGACACAUGAAUCUUUUGGGCUGCCCGAUAAAAAGAAAAGCAUUCAGCCGCCAUCCGCGCCUAAGCCUCUGAUUUAAUUCACGGUUUAUUUGCAAGAAAAGUGAAUUAGUAAUUUGCAUAAAAAAAUUGGAGAAAAGCUAUUUGCAAUUAUUGGUUAUGCACACAAUCAGCGCCGAUGGUUUCUCUCGGUGUUCGUACAGAUAAUUUGUAGGAUUUGACCCUUUGUCCGAAAGCUCUCAGAAAAAUUUCCCCUUCAGGAUUGAAUCCUCUAAAACUUCUCUGAUUAAACUCCAUUUAAGCUCUUUGAUCUUAUGAUUGUAAUGAAGUUGCACAAAAGGGUUGUAUUGUAGCGGAACUCCGAGAUCUAAGCCCAUCAUCCAGUCGAUUGAUCUAA